UAAAACAUUUUUGACAGGUUUAUUUGGGCUACAAAAAGGCGUGCGGGGGGCCACAGUAGGCCCACCCACAGUCUCAGCCUGGCCCCCAACAGUGGAGUCAAAUUAAAACGGAAAAUAUGUGGUGCUUUUAUUUUGAAAAUUGUGCUUUUUAUGUGCACAACUGUGGACAGUAGUAUAAGCAACAGUGACUUGAGUCUGAAGUGUUGCCAAUUUAGCGUCAUUUUCACUGUAUUUAGUGACUUUUCUGGUCCCUCUAAGCAAAUAUUUUCCCCCAAAAGAGAAUAGUAUAAUAUCUGCAUGGGUUUUCUCUGGCUCCUGUGGUUUCCUCCCACAUUCCAAAAACAUGUAUGGCAAGCUGAUUGAACACUCUGAAUUGUCCCUAGGUGUGAGUGUGAGCGUGAAUGGUUGUUCAUCUCUGUGUGCCCUGUGAUUAGCUGGCAACCAGUUCAGGGUGUCCCCCACCUCCUGCCCGAAGACAGCUGGGAAGGCCCCGCCCACCCUCCCGCGACCCUUGUGAGGAUAAAGCGGAUCGGAAAAUAAAUGGAUGGAUACAAAUACAAAAACACACUGUCCUGUACUGCACUUGUACACCCCCCCAAUACAUACACCGCUCCAAAGUGUACUAAAGUUGCUCAACUGUCAUGUGUCGUGGUCAAUUCUUCCAAAAGACGUCACUUGAUAUUUUGUCAGCGUUUGUGUGUCACUGCGCAUGCGCGUAGAGGGGUAGUUUCGGCCGCUUACUUGAGGCUAGCAGCUCUUUGUCAGGGUCAAAUCGGGUGCCAGAUCCUGGAAAUUUCCGCCUCGAGGAGACAACUCUCGAACCUGGUUUGGAAGAGGAGGAGGUGCUGGUUCGGACGCUUUACCUUUCAGUUGACCCUUACAUGAGAUGCAGGAUGAAUGAAGACAGCGGUGCGGAGUAUCUGACGCCGUGGAAGCUGUCGGAAAGCGUGGACGGCGGCGGGGUCGGCGUGGUCCAGUCCAGCCGCCACGACGCCUAUCGAGAGGGGGACGUGGUCACCUCCUUCACUUGGCCCUGGCAGACCCACGCUGUGGUGAAAGGAAGCAUCCUACAGAAGGUGAAUCCGUCACUGGUGGACGGCCACCUUUCCUACUUCCUCGGGGCGGUAGGCAUGACGGGCCUCACGGCGCUGUUGGGCAUGAGAGAGAAGGGUCACGUGAUCCGAGGAGCCAAUCAGACGCUGGUGGUCAGCGGCGCCGCCGGGGCCUGCGGCUCUGUGGCUGGACAAAUCGGACGAUUGGACGGUUGCUCCAGGGUGGUCGGGAUCUGCGGUUCCGAGGACAAGUGCAAGGCACUGGUGGAACGCUUGGGCUUUUCCGGGGCCAUCAACUACCGGCUACAGGAUGUCACCGCGGGGCUGCGAGAAAACUGCCCCAACGGCAUCGAUGUCUACUUUGACAACGUGGGAGGAGACGUCAGUGACACUGUCAUUGCGCAGAUGAACGAGGGCGGCCACGUGAUCCUGUGCGGUCAGAUCUCCCAGUACAACAAGGAUGUGCCGUACCCGCCGCCCCUUAGCCAGGAAACGCAGGAGAACCUGCGUAGGAAGAACAUCACCAGAGAAAGGUUCAUGGUACUCGACUACAUGAGCCAAGCCCAAGACGCCCUCUGUGAACUUGGCAGCUUGGUCGCCUCUGGACAACUCAAGGUGCUAGAAACAAUUGAGAACGGCAUCGAAAACAUGGGAGUUGCCUUCUGCUCCAUGAUGAAAGGGGGAAACCUCGGCAAGCAAAUCGUCAAGAUCUCCCACUGACUAAGCAAUAAAUAACACUUGUGACAACAA